AUGGGCCUUUCUCACACUCUACUCUUUUACGUGCUGGUGUGCGUUCACCUUGGAGUUUCCCAGCAUUACCUUCGUCUCCGUCCGUCGCCCAGUGAUCACCUACCCGUGCCCGACCUUAAGGAGGACCCCGACCCGGAGUACGACCCCCGGGAGCAGGACUUAGCCGAGAGGACUCUGAGGAAAAAACUCGGCAGUAACUUUGACCCCAAUUUCAUGUCCAUCAGCUCGCCCAUGCUGGUGAACCUAUCCGCGUCAGACAACCAGGUGAAGAUGCAGGGGCCCAUGCCUAACGAGAUUAAAAAGAUGGACGUCACAGAGACCCCCUAUGGAAAGAGAGUAAAAGUGGGCAAGAAAGCCCGCAGGAAAUUUCUGCAGUGGCUGUGGACCUAUACGCACUGCCCAGUGGUGUACACCUGGAAGGAUUUGGGCGUGAGGUUCUGGCCACGUUAUAUCAAGGAGGGAAAUUGUUUCUCUGAGCGCUCUUGCUCCUUCCCCGAGGGGAUGUCUUGCAAACCCGUCAAGUCAAUCAACAAGAUUUUCCUCCGGUGGUAUUGUCAAGGCUUUCUAAAACAGAAAUACUGUACAUGGAUACAGGUGCAAUACCCAAUCAUCUCAGAGUGCAAGUGUUCGUGCUGA